UUUUUGGAUCCUGUGACGUCACACCAAAACAAAAACAUGGCUGUCGCAGCUGGUUUAGAGUUGUUGUACAGUAGUGUUUGUGAGCAGGUUCAGAGCGAACACGAUGCUCUGGUCUGCUUCCUGCACUGGGAAAUGGUACAGUCCGGGUUCAAGUGCGUGGGGAAAGGAGAUGAGGCUCCAGUGAAAGCAAGUAAAGCGAAGAAGUCGGAGCUGUUACCACGGGGCUGGAACAGAACGCAGGACGUGUACGCGCUCAGAUACCAGCCCAGCGAUACAGAGGAGAACUACUUGAUGAAGGCCAUCAAGAUGGAUGACAGCUUGCUUGUACAUGUCAUGAGAGUCAAAGAUGAAAAAGUUGGCAGUCUGACUUUAAACGUGAAGGACUACAUCAACAAAAGUGACCUGCAAGACUUUGAUAGCGUGUACAAGAACGUAGAAUCCCUGGAGGCAGCUUUUCAGUCGGGAAUCGUGGAAGAGUUCAAGCCUCAGAACAGAUCGUCCAACGCCGCCACCAACAGCGAGGAACGAAAGGAAGACAAACCUGGCAGGUCGCAGCGGGCGCCGCGAAUGGCAGACGAUCCAGAUCACGAUCCCUUGCGGAUUGGCCCGCCCAGAAGACCGAGAGAUCCGUACAGACAGGGAAACCCUGAAUGGGGUGAGCCCUCCAGACCAUACCCCAGUGUUGGCACAGGAGACCUGGACCCUUUCAGUGGAGGGAUAGGAGGAGGCAUGUUAAUGGAUCCGAUGAGAUCAGGUUAUCCCAGGGGACCUCUCAACCCCUCUGCUGGGAUCCCUGGCAUGGUGCCCAGGGGUUCAGUCCCACCAGGUGCCAGGUUUGAUCCCAUUGGUCCUGUUACAGGGGGUGCCAUGAGGGGCCCGGAUCCUGACCACCUCCCCCCACCUGGUUUUGACGACAUGUUCAUGUGAUUCACCAAGCUCCUGCAAAUCCUGCUACAACAUGCUAUAACUCUAUUAAAAGGCCAUAAAAACUUCAUUUUGUGAACGAUUAUUCUAGGAUCUUCUAGUGUAGACUGCAAAUCUAAUAUGCAGGACUGUAUGAUUAAAGAAGAAUGAAUCUUCUUUUGCAAUUGUUUUCUUGAAGUUGAAGCUAAUAAGCUUAAAAGAUGAUGUAUUUGUUAGUAAAUACAUAACGUUAAUUAUUUUUUAUGUGGUUACAGAUUCAAUUGCUUGAAGGUUUUGAGAACCAAUUAAAAAGUGUCAUGCUGAAGUUUGGACUUAAGAUAAGCUAGUUCACGGUUUGAAGUAUGUAUGCACAAUGCCAAUGCACUGUUUGUAAUAUUUCAAAGUUGAAUGUUCUUGAAUGAUUUCAAUGAUGUGUUGGUAGGGGUCUUCAACUUCGACAUAUUUCCCACAUUGCAUCUGACACUCAUGUGCAUGAACAUUUGAAAUCAUGAAAUAGCUUAUUGCUAGAAUUGAAUGUACAGUACAUGUCAAACAUGACUAUCUAAUGUUUCUCAUUCAACUCAUUAGAUAAUGUAUUGUUGCAAUACCUAUUAUUUUGCAUGGAAUUUUUUGUUGUUUCACUGAUCUUGAUGGCUUGAACUAUUGUAAAACUGGUUAUUCAUUUAUAAACGUGAUAUAAAAAAUGAAGUCUGAGUGAGAUUCUAGAAUAUUUAAUAUGUAGAAUACUUUAAAUGUACUACAUAUGGCCUUUUCUUUUUCUGCUUUUCAUAUUUCCACUUAAGGUACUCAAAUUUCAACAUUUAUACCAUCAGAAAUUGGUAUAUCAUAUAUGAGUGUUCUUGCAAAAUGUAAUUUAUAAGGACAAAUACAUAUAAUGUUUGAGUGGAAUGUUUAUUCAGUUAGUCAUAGAGUGUUAUAUAUUGUUACAUCUUCAAAUAAAUGGUCGUAUUACCACCCAA